ACCGUCUCGUUCUCCUUUCCUCACUCCGAUGCACCUGCCCUCGCCGACUCGCCGUUAAAUGCCACCGACACACUCCACUCCUCGCUGCCGCCGCCGCCGCAUCUGACCACCCGGCGAUGGCGAGACCGGCGGCGACGGCGGCGGCGCCGAAGGCGCCCCCUCCGAAGCACCUGAUUGCGCUCGCCGUCGUCGCCAUCCUCGGCCUCGUCCUUGUCGCCGACUUCCUCUGGGCCUCCUCCUCCCCCGCCGCCCCCGCCUGGUCCUCCAGGAUCGAUCUCCCCGGCCGCCCGGCCGCCCUCGUGCCACCCUCGGGGAAGAAGCAAACAAAGGAAAAAAUAUCUAUAGGUUCCACGGACAUAAAUGCAACCUUUGCAGAUUUGCCAGCACCAGAACUACAAUGGGAGGAGAUGGCUGAAGCACCUGUGCCACGUUUGGAUGGUGCUGCUAUGCAAAUUAAGAAUCUCUUAUAUGUGUUUGCUGGAUAUGGUACCAUUAACCAUGUGCAUUCUCAUGUGGAUAUUUACAAUUUCUCAGAUAAUACAUGGGGUGGGAGGUUUGAUAUGCCAAAGGAAAUGGCUCAUUCACAUUUGGGGAUGGUUACAGAUGGAAGAUAUGUUUAUGUGGUAACAGGACAGUAUGGUCCGCAAUGUAGGGGGCCCACAGCACGAAAUUUUGUGCUGGACACUGAAACAAAAGAAUGGCACGAUUUGCCUCCAUUGCCAGUUCCUAGAUAUGCUCCAGCCACACAACUUUGGAGAGGCAGGCUUCAUGUGAUGGGUGGCAGCAAGGAGGAUAGGCAUGAACCUGGGCUUGAACAUUGGAGCAUUGCAGUAAAGGAUGGGAAAGCCCUGGAAAACGAGUGGAGGAGUGAGGUACCAAUCCCACGUGGAGGCCCUCAUAGGGCUUGUGUUGUUGCUAAUGAUAAGCUACUUGUUAUUGGUGGCCAAGAAGGAGAUUUUAUGGCGAAACCUGGAUCACCUAUAUUUAAAUGUGUUAGAAGAAGUGAGGUGGUCUACAGCAAUGUCUACAUGCUUGAUGAUGGAAUGAAGUGGAAAGAAUUUCCACCUAUGCCAAAGCCAGAUUCACAUAUAGAGUUUGCUUGGGUGAAUGUUAACAAUUCUCUCAUUAUUGCUGGAGGAACCACAGAAAAGCACCCAAUAACCAAAAAAAUGGUUUUAGUUGGUGAAGUGUUUCGGUUCAACUUGAACACACUGGAAUGGACUGUGAUUGGGCGGUUACCUUUCCGAAUCAAGACCACUCUGGUAGGAUACUGGGAUGGCUGGCUGUAUUUCACUUCUGGGCAACGAGACAAAGGACCGAAAGACCCUUCUCCUAAGAAGGUUGUCGGAUGCAUGUGGAGAACUAAGUUGCACCUGUGAGAUUUUUAGAAGGAAAACUGAUAUGACCAUUGACUAAGCCCAUUCUUUAUGCAUUCUUUUGGGUACAUAACUGUUCCAUUCCCCUAUGGUGGGCGAGUUGUUUAUUAUCAUACGAAUUGUUGGCUUUGUUGUGCAUUGUCACAUCAUGCCACUAAUCUGUUGUAUGCUUACCUUUUUGGUUAUAUCAUAGAAUGACCGACUUUUACGCAAUUUUGUACAGAGAAUCAGAGAUAAUUGAUCUUCUGUUCAGUGAUUGGAGUGUGACAGAUACAUUUGCACUUGAGUUA